CAGAAACACUCCUGACCUGCCUUCUUCGGGGGCCGCAGGAGAGCGAGGCGCAUGCGCAGAGCCGCUAAGCCGUCCUCUAUGGGUCUCUCACCCGCUGGGCUUCCUAAAAUAAUACCCCGCACACGCCCCCUCGCGACUCGCUCGCGUCCCCGCCCUCUUCGCCUGGCUUUCUCCAUCCUUCACUCCACAGCAGUUGCUUUACCUUUGUAAAGGGUAGGCCCCGUGCCAGUCGCCGGCGGGACGGCGGGAAGCACGUUGGUUGCCUUCACGCGGCACGCAGUCCCGGGAGGAGAGGCGACAUUGCUCGGGUGACGACUCGUUCGUUAGCACUCAGUGGUGUGGGCUGGUCAAGUACGCAGAGCGCUAAGCACCAGGCGCCGGUGUAGUUCGGGAGGGCAGGGAGCCCUCCAUGAGGAAGCGAAGUUGGGGCUGAGGCUUAAAGGUUGGCUCAAAUAACUAUUGAUGGCCAUGCAGGAGAAAUACCCAAGUGAGAGGAUCUCUCAUGUGACUUCACCAGGUUCCGGUGUAAUUCAAAAGGGCAGUUCCCUGGGGACUGAAUGGCAGACCCCAGUUAUCUCAGAGGCUUUUCGGAGUCGCUUCAGCCGCUGUUCAAGUGUAGCUGACAGUGGGGACACAGCCAUUGGCACAUCAUGCUCAGACAUUGCAGAGGAUUUUUGUAGCUCAAGUAGCAGCCCUCCUUUCCAGCCCAUCAAAAGCCACAUAACCAUUCCAACAGCCCAUGUGAUACCUUCUACUUUGGGGACCUCUCCUGCCAAGCCAAAUUCUAUACCUUCUGGACCCUCUUCCUCCAAACUCCCUUUAUCAGGGCUGGCUGAAGGUGUGGGGAUGACAAGAAAUGGAGACCUUGGUGCAAUGAAACGUUCUCCAGGCCUAUCUAGAGAUUUCAUGUAUCUCUGUGGUGCUACCGGAGAAAAUGGAAUUGAGCAGUCCUGGUUUCCAGCAGUGGGCCAUGAAAGAGAAGAAGAGGUGAGGAAGUUUGAUAUUCCCAGUAUGGAGUCUACCCUUAAUCAGUCGGCGGUGAUGGAGACAUUUUAUUCAGAUCCCCACUACCAAGUCCACUUCCACAACCCAAGAGCCGACACAAACAAGGAGUUAUACAAAGUGUUGCCUGAGACCAAGAAGGCACCGGGCAGUGGGGUGGUAUGUGAGCGGAAUGGACCUCACCCUAACAGCAGUGGAGUGCUCCCUUUGGGACUCCAGCCUGCUCCUGGCUUCUCCAAGCCUAUACCCUCUCAGGUAUGGCAACCGAACCCUGACCCUUGGCAUCCCCGUGAGCGAUCUUGUGAGCUCAGCACAUGUCGACAGCAGCUGGAGUUGAUCCGUUUACAGAUGGAGCAAAUGCAGCUUCAGAAUGGAGCCGUCUGCCACCAUCCCGCUGCUUUUGCUCCUCCACUGCCCACAUUAGAACCAGCACAAUGGAUCAGCAUCUUGAACAGUAAUGAACACCUUCUGAAGGAAAAGGAGCUCCUCAUUGACAAGCAAAGGAAGCACAUUUCUCAGCUGGAGCAGAAAGUACGAGAGAGUGAACUACAAGUCCACAGUGCCCUUUUGGGCCGCCCUGCCCCCUUCGGGGAUGUCUGCUUGCUGAGGCUGCAGGAAUUGCAGCGAGAGAACACUUUCUUACGUGCACAGUUUGCACAGAAGACAGAAGCCCUAAGCAAAGAAAAGAUGGAGCUUGAAAAGAAACUCUCUGCUUCAGAAGUUGAAAUCCAGCUCAUCAGAGAAUCACUCAAAGUGGCAUUGCAGAAGCACUCAGAGGAGGGGAAGAAACAGGAAGAAAGGGUCAAGGGUCGUGAUAAACAUAUCAAUAAUUUGAAAAAGAAAUGUCAGAAGGAAUCAGAGCAGAACCGGGAGAAGCAGCAGCGUAUUGAGACCUUGGAGCGUUACCUGGCUGACCUGCCCACCCUGGAAGAUCAUCAGAAGCAGAGCCAGCAGCUUAAGGAUUCUGAAUUGAAGAGUACAGAGCUGCAGGAGAGAGUAACCGAGCUGGAGAGUUUGCUGGAGGAAACCCAGGCAGCCUGCAGAGAGAAGGAGGGUCAACUGGAAAGCCUGAGACAGAGAGGAGCAGAAUUCUCCAGUAGACAUAGCCUGCAAGAUAAGCAGUGUGUGGAGGAGGCCAGUGGAGAAGGUCCAGCCCAACAGGGAGAAGGUCCAAAAGUGGAAAUGGAGUCCUGGCAGAAAGAAUGUGAUUCCCUCCGAAAGAUUGUGGAGAAGCAACAACAGAAGAUGGAUCAGCUGCGUUCACAAGUACAGAGUCUAGAGCAGGAGGUGGCUCAGGAAGAAGGAGCAAGCCAGGCCCUGAAAGAGGAGGCCCAGCGGAGGGAGACAGCCCUGCAGCAGCUUCGCACAGCCGUGAAAGAGCUUUCAGUACAGAACCAGGACCUGAUCGAGAAGAAUCUGACACUCCAGGAACACCUGCGUCAAGCCCAACCAGGGUCUCCAUCUUCACCAGAUACAGCCCAGCUGGCAUUUGAACUGCACCAGGAGUUGGCCAGUUGCCUUCAAGAUCUGCAGGCUGUCUGUAGCAUUGUGACCCAGAGGGCCCAGGGCCAUGACCCCAAUCUCUCCCUGCUCCUGGGCAUUCACUCUGCACAGCACCCAGGGAUUCAACUAGAUUUGCAGAAGCCAGAUGUGAUCAGGAGGAAACUAGAAGAGGUUCAACAGCUGCGCCGUGACAUCGAGGACUUAAGGACCACCAUGUCAGACAGAUAUGCCCAGGAUAUGGGAGAAAACUGUGUCACUCAGUGAGGAAUGCUGGGGGUGGCAUAGACUCCGUUCCCCCAGGGAAGAUCUGGUCUGCUGAGAGCCCAGUCUUGCAGGUCCUGCCCUGACAAUCUCUUGCCUCCUAUUUGCUGCUAUUCCCAGAGAGAAGGGAUGGAGGGGGGUACGAACCUGCAUCUGGGGCCAAGGGCUGAUUAAGGAACUGUGCCUGCCCUGCCCCACACUGGCUUUGCCUUGUUGGAUUGCAUUUGUCCUGUCAUACUGAUUUACCCUUUGAGGGUGAGUUACUAAUUAACUUUUGCAGGUUAACUGAUAAGUCCUCACAGACUGUUCCCAGCCCCAGGCUGACGUCAAAGGUAAACAGGCUGCUCACUUCCCUUUUCCGUCCUCUGGAUGGAUCCACGUUCAUUCCCACUCCAUACUUUGGUCCUGCUGAUGUCCACUGGAAAGGCUGAGUACCAGUCACAGUGGCCACGUGAGAAUUCUCAAGACCAGUCGGCUAGCCUGCCUGGGAUCUAAGUUGGCUUUCGGGGUAUUCUUUGGCCUGGUCCCACUGCUGCUUCCUCAGGACUCUUGUUCUCACAGAUGCCUCAGGGUGAUCUGUUUAUUAGCAAAGCACCCACUAGAAUUGGCCUAGGGAUUGUAUCCAGGUCUCCUUAAUCUGAGCUGUCAUGCCAUUUUACAGGAUAUCCCAUUCUCCAGCUGCUCUGUCCCAUGGGGCCCUGGCCAUGUGGUUAGCACAGCUCCCUUCUCCUUUGUUCUCAGGCCAUCCAGGUAGCCCCCUUGUAAACUCUUCUCUAUGGUUCUGGGUUUGGGCAGGAUUUUCCCUCAUAUUGCCACAGGGCAACUGUCAAGUUACUCACCUCCUCCUCCUGGGGCUGAGGCCAGAGCCCAGUCCUGAUUUGUGCCUCUCUUUUGUUUAGGGGCAGGGUCCUUUCCCUUUAUUGCUCUGGGGCCCCUUUGAAAGUUCGGAGUACCCGGUAUAGCUUGGCUCUAAGUUCUAGCUUUCCGUAUUUGCUGGGUUUUGUUUCUCUGGGGCCUUUGGGGACCCUGUGCUUUUCAUUUUCUCUUGCCUCCUCAUGUAUGGAGCAUCUCAGAACACAAUUGUUUGUAUCCGGUUGUUGGGCUGGCCCCAGGCCUCCUCUAGAUCUGGAGCCAGGCCAAGCCAAGGCUUUGUAAGGGUAUGGAGGAGCACUGAGCAGUUCAGAAGCCAGCCACUGAGUUUGUUGCUAAGCUUUGAGCUGUCAGAGAAGCAUCCUGGACCUCAUUCUUGGGUCUGAAUGAGACUCGUUAAGUGUUUUUACAAUUUUGUGUCUUAUUUAUGGAGUGAUGUAUCCCUUCCAUUCAGAGCAGCCCCACCCAGCCAUCCCCUCAGCCUCUGGGCUCCUUCCUGCCUCCUAAAAGCAGAGCUGCCUGGUUGGUCUCCACCCUGUGUUGGGAGCCCAGCCACCAUGCUCACGGGUAUUUUUCCUCAAAGUUUAUAAGCAGUUAUUUAUAUGAAUCCUUGUUAUGUCAACUGGUUUGUAUUGCCUAUUUUGAUUACAAAAUAAAAUAUUUAACAAACUC